AUGACUGGACUACUUCAGCUGUUGUUACUGGUCAGCGUGACCUUGGGUUCCGAGCCAUCGUGUCCAGCGUGUUCCAAAUACGACUACGAGGAAAGGAUGCUCGAGAGAAUUAUCCGCAUGGAGUUCGCUUUUGAGAAUGUGUUAAAAGAAAACAAGGCUGUGAGCAAAACUGUUGAGCAAGAUCUAACGCGGAUCAAGGAAGAAAACGAACGUUUGCAAGCGGUCAUUUAUGCUCUAAAGGAUCAACAGGAGCAAGCAGAACGUAAACUGGUUUCGCUCAUGGAGGUAGUUGAGAGAAACCAGUCCAGCACACUGGAGAGGAUUCUUUCCACUUCUAACAAUACGUUAGAACAAAUUAUUGCCGACUUCAAUAAUAUGAAAGAACAAAUCGCUACAUCAAUGGUAUACUUCCACGCCCAUUAUCCGCAGACCACCACCACCCUUACCACAGGUGAGGUGAUCGUGUACACGACAGUGGAGACCAACAAGGGCAACGGCUACAGCUCAACCACGGGCAAGUUUACCGCUCCAGCACGGGGACUCUACUUGUUCUUCAUGCAUACAUGUACUCUUCCAAAUAAAUAUUCUUAUCUCUACUUAGUGAAGGAAAAAUCAGUCCUCAUUGCAAGUGUAGAGCGUGACUCGACCUAUUACUCCUGUUCAAGUAGUCAGGCGUUUGCUCAGCUUGAUGCCGGGGAAGCUGUCUGGGUACAAUGCUCCAUUGGGGGAUCGAGUAGACAAUUGUUUGAGAAUGCUUAUCAUUGGACCACUUUUGGUGGUGCUUUCAUUCACAGCUGA